CCUUUCCGUGGCUUGAUAAACAAGAUGCCGUCCAAGGCGGAGGCAAGCAGUGGCGCCCACAAGUUUGCCAAGAGUGGGGUGAAGCUGAGGACAGUCAAGGCAAAGAAUGGAACUGUAAAGAAGAUACCCAUUCUUCCCAAGAGUGCAUAUGCCUUGGCCACCGAGAGGAGGAGGCCCAAGCCUGUCCUCCGAAAGAGGAAGCCGAAGCAGCUUAAGCUGAAGAAGAACCUCAGUGCUGGUGCUGUGUGUAUCAUCUUGGCUGGUUCCCACAAGGGCAAGCGGGUUGUCUUCCUGAAGCAGAUGCCCAGUGGAACAUGCCUUGUAACAGGUCCGUAUAAGCUGAAUGGCUGCCCAGUGCGGCGCGUGCCCCAGCACCUGAUGGUGACGACGUCGCUGAAGAUCGACAUCUCCGGCGUGAAGGUGCCCGCCAACAUGGACGACAAGUACUUCAGCAAAAAGAAGGCGCCCAAGAGCGCAGCCAAGAAGACCAAGGAUGGUGAUAUCUUUGAGGAGGUGAAGCAGAAAUACGAGCUCACCGAGCAGCGCAAGCAGGACCAGAACACGGUGGACAGCCAGGUGAUGGCCGCCAUCAGCGCCACCAAGGAGAAGGCCCUCAUCUGCGCGUACCUCAACAAGCCGUUCGAGCUCACGCGCGGCAUGCUGCCGCAUAAACUGAAGUUCUAGGCUGUCCCGUCAACAUCAAUACAUGACCAACAGUG